AUGGCAUUCUACCUGCCAAAGGUUCAGAAGAGGAUUGCUUGUGCACAAAUGUUCUAUGGCCAAGAGGUCGCUACCUCCUGGGGAUUUCCAUACUUGGCCAAAGGGCCACCUCCCGAGCAGCCUCACCGGAGCACUGAAACCAAGGAGGAAGCUUGGAACACUAUCAAUCAAACCAAUGACAGCUACCAAUCAAACCUAACAUCUCCUUCAAAGAUCCCGAACUCGACAAAGAUCAGAGACGAAGGCGCGUCGCUGCGUGGCAAGGUUAGAGAUUAUGGAUGGAUUGCUGCUAAUCAUUAUAAUAUACCAGUACCAGCCGACAACAUAUUGUCAGAUCCGGAUAAACUGAAGGAAUGGGAGGACCACAUAAUAAAUCAAUGGCUGGGAAAAGACACAAAGAUGUUUCUGCAUGGUCAAAUGGCUGAUGGGAGGACAGAUUGGUAUGGACAUCCUGCAUUGGAUGAAAUGAUGGUUGGGUUUUGGUUUGGAAGAUGCUCCUAUACUCGUGAUUUUCUGCACAACUUUCAACCGCCAAACAAGAUGACUUUGGCACUCACUUGCACAGCUCUCAAAUGUUCUAUUGAAGAAAAGAUUCGAAAUAUAGCUUUUCAAUCCAUCAUCCAUGUCGUCAAAUUCAAGACCGAUAAGUAUCAAUCAUUCUAUAAGACACACAUAGCUAGUAUUGAGAAGGCAAUGAACUCACAAAUCAUUGGGCCGAUUGUCAAGAAGUGA